UAUGGGGAGGAUGUGUCUCACCUUCUGGAGAGAACUGAAGCCCUGAGGGUGCUGCUCCCUGGGGACUCUGGAGAGGAGGGACAGCUCUGGGCCUGGGAGUCCGCAGGUAAAGAAGCUUUCAGAAAUGACAGAAGGCCUACAAAUUUUGAUAAAAAGGUGUUGGUAUGGGCAGGACGCUUUAAAAAGGAGGAGGACAUUCCCAAGCACAUAUCGUCUGAUGUCCUCGACGCAGCAAGGAACGUUGUCAGGAUAAAGGUUUGCUACAUCAUGAUUGCACUGACUGUGCUGGGCUGUUUGACCAUGGUCAUCACAGGCAAAGAAGCUGCAAAAAAGGAUCAGACGCUGCUGAGGGUGAACAUAGAAAAGAAGGCCAAAUGGAGGGCUGAAGCAGAGAAAGAUCAGGAGGCAGCUGUUGGGAAGCCACAAUGAUUUGGAACAGAUUUAUUUUAACAGCAGGAGAUAAGUGAUUUGCACAUGUGGCAUAUGGACCUGUCUUCAUUUAACUCUUUAGAGAUUUUUCACUGAAA